AGGCGCGUGUCAUGGAAGCCGUGGUGGCCGUCCACGUUGGCGCUGGCUUCCAUGCGCCGGAGAAACUGCCCGACUACCGGCGAGUGUGUUCCGCAGCUUGCCGCCGCGCUGUGGGUGUGCUGGAGCGCUCUGACGGUAGUGCGCUCGAGGCGGUGGCGGCCGCCGUGGCCGUGCUCGAAGACGACCCACUGACCAACGCUGGUUUCGGCUCCAACCUGACGGCUUGCGGUCGUGUCGAGUGCGACGCCUCCGUAAUGGACGGUCGCACGCUGGGAUUCGGCGCAGUAGGCGCGCUGCCGCGUGUAGGCAACCCGGUGCUCGUGGCCGAGGCGCUGUGCCGCGCGCAGCAGGCCGGUCCGCUGUCGCUGGGCCGCACGCCGCCUUGUUUCCUGGUGGGAGAAGGAGCGCUGCGGUGGGCGCGCGAGCACGUGCUGCCCAACGUGGAGCGCAUGCCCGAGGCCCUGGUGUCCACCCACACGCGUAGACGCUACGUCAAGCUCAAGCGCAGGCUCGACCGCUGCGCAACCGAGGAAGCGUUGGUGCGCAAGAGCCCCUUAGGUCCCGUGACGCCAAAGCGCGAGGUCGACGACGAGCCGUGGACUGCCAAGUUGGACACGGCGGACGAGAGCUCAACGGACACCUCAUCCAAGGGCUGUUCCAGCUCGGACAGCAGCGAUCCGCCUCAAUUGGACACGGUGGGCGCUGUUUGCAUGGACCGGCAGGGUAACGUGGCUGCCGCCGUGUCCAGCGGUGGUAUCUGGCUCAAGCACACCGGCCGCGUAGGCCAGGCGGCCGUCUACGGCUGCGGCUGCUGGGCAGAGAACGCGGACGGCGACGGUGGCUGCGCUGUGGCAGUUUCUAGUUCGGGUUGCGGGGAGCACCUGAUCCGCAGUGCACUGGUGCGGCAGUGCGCGCAGACGCUCAGGCGUUCGAAUGACGACGGACCCGUUGUGACGCUAGACACUUGCUUUCGGCGGGGCUUUCUGCAGUCGCCGUUCCUGAACGAUACGAAUGAACGGUUAGCUGGAAUCCUGGCCCUUCGCUGGGACCCUCAGUGUGGCAGUGGCGAUUUGCUGUGGGCCCACACGACGCGCUCCAUGUGUUACGGGUACAUGCUGACGGGCGGGAGCAGACCCACUUUUGACUGCUCACAAAUGCCAGACACCAUGGUCGCUGGGUCCAAGGUAAUGCUCGGUGGAAUGCCUCUCGGGACUCGGCGCUUUGAUGAAGCAGAUUUGUGAUGUCUUCACCACCAAUCCAGUGUUGUGAACGGGAGAAUCGCAUGUGGUGAAGUACCCGCAAUAGAAUUGGAAAUAGACAGUUAACGAACACCAUCUUGUAAACAUUUUCAUUCUUGUUUUGUACGUUAUACAUCCAAGGAAGCUUUCUAAUAGUUGGAACAGUGCUACAAUAUUCAAAUAAGUAUUGUUUACAAGGCUCAUUUGUAAACUUCUUGCAUUUCUCUUGUUCUUAUGUAAAUUUCUGUUUAUAAAAAUGCUAUAUAUUACAGCCAGACAAGUCAGCUGACUAAAUUAAAUGGGAAAAGAGUUCCUAUUUUUGUUAUUCGUACUUGUGGGCUUUGCUUCGGUUAAUAUUGUUACGAGGUGUCCAUAUUCGGUGUCUAUAAGAAAGGAAGCACUUGUAAGUUAUUGUCAUGCUUUCUAGUCACACUUAGAGCUUCAAAUAAAACUUAACAGUUCUGUUAUUUAAUAUAUUGUA